AUGGAACGCACUCGCGACAAUGUUACCAACAACGAGUUGGGGCAAUCCCCGUCUUCGGAGGCGAAAGCUGCAAACGUCGUAGUAGUCAGUGGCGGGGAGUCGUCGAGCGAGAGGAGCGUGGAAGGACGCAGUGCGGAUGUUCCACUGAAGUUGAAGCUUAUCGCAGUUCUCCUUGUGACCGCCAUCGGGUUCGGAUCGCACUGGAGUAGCGGAGUGACCGGCGCAAUGAAGAGCACACUGAAAAAGAAAUUACACAUCAACAACGCGCAAUAUGCAGUAUUAGAGGCCAGCGAAGAUUUCAUGAAGACGGCUCUAAUUCUUGUGAGCGGUCUCGUGACUGACAGGAUUGGCGGUGCAAGUGCUAUGCUCUGGGGAAAUGCUAUCUUUAGCGUGGGUGCUAUCUUCAUUGCAGCAGCAACUACCGUUCGUUCAUACAAGUUCAUGAUCUUCGGAGUCGUUGUCCAGGCCUUCGGUGACAUUGCGACUCAGGUCGCCCAGUACAAAAUCUUCAGCUCCUGGUUCGCACCCUCCAAUGGCUUCGCGUCCACCCUCGGAUUCGAGCUCGGCAUUGGCAAGAUAGGAGCUUUUGUUGGAAAGUCUACAGCGAAUGUCAUCGCAAAGAAGACUGGAGACUUUAGCUGGGUGUACUGGACCGCCGUUUUCAUGAACCUUUUCACCAAUGCCGUAACGGUUGUAUUCUGGCUCUUCACGAAGUGGUGCGGAAAAAAGUACUCGGGGACAGCCGAUCCAGCGACAGGCGAGAAGCUAACAGAAAGCAACAAGAAGUUCGAGGUCGGCAAGGUGCUUCGGCUACCAUGGCCAUUCUGGGGAGUUGUCGGCUUCUCGCUAUUCCAGACCAGUGCUGCCGUCGUGUACUCCCAAAACGCAACUGAGAUGGCUGAGAAGCGCUUCAACAUCAGUGCUGUUAAAGCGGGCUGGUACUCGGCUAUGUCGCAAUACCUGGGCUUCUUCCUCGUUCCGCUCAUUGGAAUCUUCGUUGAUCUACUCGGCAACCGCAUCACCCUCAUGCUUGUGUGCGGUAUGGGCAUGCUUCUUGCCAUGUGCUUAGCCGAGUGGGGCCCGACCGUCAGUGGGACUGCGGCAUCCUUUGGAAUAUUUGGUGUCGCCUCCAUGUUUGGUCCAACUGUCAUUAUCGACGCCAUCCGCACCUCCAUGUGGUACCAGGAAGUCUUCGGUUCGGGAUACGCAGUGAAGAUCGCUGUAAACAACAGCAUGAACAUCAUCAUCCGUAUCGUUACUGGUGUUAUUCAGGAUCGCGACAAUGACUCAUACGAUAACGUCGUGAUUGUAUACGUCGUUCUUGCUGCGGGGUCCGUGGUCGUCGCCGCCGCCAUGCUCGCUUGCAGCUUCAUGACAGUGGAUGUCAAACAUCUUCAGUGGACCAGGAAGCAGCGGAUCGCGAAGGGUCACUUGAUCAACGAAAGUAGAGAGAAAUUCGAGAAUGGGAUUCAGGGCCAGAGGAACAGGAAGAUCAGCCUGACAUUGUUCGUGGCCUUGCUGUUCCUAAUACUAGGCGCGUGGGCGGCGUACUUCUGGGGCGUUGCAACGGGCAACAACAAGUGA